GUCCCGGGACAGAGUCGCUCACAGAGGGAUUUGACUCUUCUUUCGUGAGGUAGCUCGUUCCUCCAGGUCCACUCUCUCUGAUUUGCUUGAGCUUGCGUGCUCUCUGUCUGCCUCCUCUCAUUUUCAGCCUUUAUUCUCACACUCCCCUCACCAAGAAGCAGCAGUCAUGGGUAGCAGGAGAACCACAAGCUUCAGUACGUACAGCAGCGGAGGCAGCAUGGGCGGCGGCAUGGGCGGCGGCGGCAUGGGCGGUGGCGGCGGCGGCAUUUCGCGGAGCUACUCCAGCCAGUCCAUGUUUGCCGCCCCAGGGAGCAACCGCAUGAGCUCCAUGGUGCGGCGCUCAGGGGGCGGUGGCGGCGGCGGCGGCGGCGGUGGUGGUUUCAGCAACUACAGCAGCUACAGCAGCGGCGGCGGCGGCGGCGGAGCUUACGGCUCAGCCUACGGGGGCUUCGGUGGCGGCGGCGGCGGCGGCUUCGUGUCAGCCCCCAUCACCGCCGUGACCGUCAACCAGCAGCUGCUCACCCCCCUCAAACUGGAGAUUGACCCCAACAUCCAGACCGUCCGCACGCAGGAGAAGGAGCAGAUCAAGACCCUCAACAACCGCUUCGCCACCUUCAUCGAUAAGGUGCGCUUCCUGGAGCAGCAGAACAAGAUGCUGGAGACCAAGUGGAGCCUCCUCCAGGACCAGAAAACCACCCACUCCAACAUCGACGCCAUGUUCGAGGCCUACAUCGCCAACCUGCGCAGACAGCUGGACAACCUGGGCAACGAGAAGUACAAGCUGGAGGGAGAGCUGAAGAACAUGCAGGGCCAGGUGGAGGACUUCAAAAACAAGUAUGAAGAUGAAAUCAACAAGCGUGCUGCCGCAGAGAACGAGUUUGUCCUGCUCAAAAAAGAUGUUGAUGCCGCUUACUUGAACAAGGUAGAGCUGGAGGCUAAGGUUGAUGCUCUUCAGGAUGAAAUCAACUUCCUCAAGGCCAUCUACGAUGCGGAGCUGCGUGAGCUGCAAGGACAGGUCACGGAUACCUCCGUCGUGGUGGAGAUGGACAACAGCCGAAACCUGGACAUGGACUCCAUCGUGGCCGAAGUGCGCGCCCAGUACGAGGACAUCGCCAACCGCAGCCGCGCCGAGGCCGAGACCUGGUACAAGCAGAAGUUUGAGGAGAUGCAGUCCUCCGCUGGGCAGUACGGUGAGGAUCUGCGCAGCACCAAGGCCGAGAUCGCCGACCUCAACCGCAUGAUCAGCCGCCUGCAGAACGAGAUUGAAUCCGUCAAGGGACAGCGUGCCAACCUGGAGGCUCAGAUCGCCGAGGCGGAGGAGCGUGGCGAGAUGGCGGUGAAGGACGCCAAGGCCCGCGUCCGGGACCUGGAGGAGGCCCUGCACAGAGCCAAGCAGGACAUGGCCCGCCAGGUGCGCGAGUACCAGGAGCUGAUGAACGUCAAGCUGGCCCUGGACAUCGAGAUCGCCACCUACAGGAAGCUUCUGGAAGGAGAGGAGACCAGGCUGAACACUGGAGGCACAGCUGCAAAGAUCCAUGUGCAGCAGACCUCAAGCAGUUACUCUGCUGGUGGCGGCGGCGGCGGCGGCAGUGGUUACGGCAGCGGAUACGGAGGCGGUUACGGGGGUGGUAGCAGUUACGGGGGUGGUAGCAGUUACGGGGGUGGUAGCGGUUACGGCAUGGGCGGUGGUGGCGGAGGCGGUGGAAGCAUCAUCAAGUCCUCCACGAUGACCACCAGAUCCUCCAGGAUGUUUUAGAAAUCAGACGUGGCCCCCCUCCCUGUGCACCUUGUUUCAGACCCAACUGCCUACCCUCAGAUAUUAAUCCUUACAGGUGCAAAUACUACUGCCGAGCAUUAGCAUCCAACGAUCCAGGGAACUCAGUGUGCAGCUCAGAUAUCUCCCCCACUCUUUCCUUGUGUAUCACCUCCAACCAUUGCUCAUUCCCAAGAGAAUAAAGGACUUCCUUUUAUAAAUUGAUGAUUUGAUUCGCAAAAAUAUAAGCUUUUUGAAAAAAAAUAAAAACCUAAAGAAAGUGAUCCUAUUGCGAACACAUACAGUGAAUCACAUCAUCAGUGAGCAUUGAAUUAGUCCGUUCCAAAAUUUCCCAGUCAGCAUUCCAGCUGUAGAGAUAUGGGAAUGAGCAAAGCCCUUACCGGUACCUGUACCUACAUGCACAGUUUUCCAGAUCAACAUAUGCCAGCAUCUGCUAUUCUCUCUAACUGAUUCUAAAGCAUGCGUGCAAUAUGGUGGUAUAUAUAUUUUACUCCGCCAUCCAUUGCUGAAAAAGUCUUCCUUCAGAACUAUUUCAAACAGAAAAAAGUGACUAGUACAAACUGACCACGAUGAAAGCUUGUCAAUCCCCUCCUGUGUGUCAUUUAGUCGGACUACCUGCCUGUUGCUCAGAAAGCACACAGCGCUGUUGCGUGAUUGCUCACCGACUGGCUGCAACGGUUAUGACUGUAAGUCUGUUAAUACAGUCUUAACAGUUUGUUUUACAGUUUGUUUAACUGUAUUACUCAAGAAAGUCCUUCCUAAUGAGAAAAGUCAUUAGAGAGAAACGCAGAGAAUAUGAGUACACUUGUCCCAGGCGGCUAACAAAUGAGAUGACGCUAAGGUGCUGCUGGAUACCUUUUCACUCCAGUCCUUAUAUCUCUGUUUUGAGCUCCAAAGGUAGCCUUUAGACGAUGAAAAAAAGAUGCCCUUUCCCUCCAACACACACCCUCCAAGGAGCCAGAAUGCUCAGCAGUAGGUGCGUGCAAACCCCCAGGCUUGAAUUCAGGGCUUCUCAGUUUAUACCCAGUCUUGGAGGGAAAAUGGGGUUCACACCUUGAAGGGUUUUCGAAAAGGUUUUUCUUGUGGUUUUGUUUUGUACUUGAUACCAAAAACGCUGAUGGGACCAGAUUUUGUUAAACUGUCUGCCACACCAAGGUGAAACAAAAACCUGAAUAAAUCUGAGUUCUGCAUUCA